AUGGACAACCCCAUUGAGCUCCCGGAUGGGCGUUUAGCCUGUGGACGUCACGGCUUGCCCGUUUGCGGAAUCUGCUGCGUCGAUUACACCUUCAUGGAUGACGAGGUCGAGGACCCAGACUUGCCCGGAGAACUUGACAUGCUUUCUGACCAAGGAGGCUCUGUGGUCCACACUCAGGAUCGCCCGGGUCGAGGAUACUUUCGCCGGACUGACCCGGUCAUCGAUUGCGAAUCUCUUCCAGGGGGGGAGGAGGGCUGCAUAAUAGGCAGAGGACGCGCCUACCCGUCUAAAUUCGUUCCGCCAUUAGUAGGAGAUCUGCCUAUCGAUCUAUUCCUAGCCGCCCUGGGCAGACGGGCAAGCCCGCACGUUUAUCGCUUCAUCCGUUACGAUAAUCCAAACGAAUUCCUUAUCUUUGUUGAUGGCGCCUGUCUCGACAGUGGUGGAGCCAACCCCAGAGCAGGCUGGGCCAUCUACUUCAAACCAAGAUCCGGCAACGAUUCAGGCAUGGUUUCCGGACGUCUUGAGCUCGUUGGCCCCUGGGGCGACUACCACGAACACACGAACAACCGUGCGGAGCUACGAGCCGUCCUAGCCGCCCUCCGUUUCCGCAACUGGCCGGGCGAGGGCUUUAACAAGCUGGUCAUUGCUACCCACUCAGAGUACGUUGCCAAAGGCGCCACCGAAUGGGUGUUGCGGUGGUUAUGGAAUGGGUGGAGGACCAGCAACCGAGAGGCAGUGAAGAACAGGGAUCUCUGGCAGGCGCUACUUGGGGAGUUUGAACGACUUGAGGAGCUCGGUUUGAAGGUUGAGUUUUGGAAGAUACCAAGAUCUGAGAAUCCCAUAGCGAAUCGCGUAGCAAAGCAAGCUGCCAAGGAAGAGGAGCUGCGGGAUUACUGUGACGUCAGGGGUGCACUUGUUUAG